UUCGGCUCUGUCAUAAUGCCUAAGUGAGCUGGUACGGCUCUCUACCUGGUUGCAUCGCGGCUGCCUGUUCUCCUACCAUCGGUUAACCACGGCGCCGCACAACCGUGCCGUUCUUGAUCGGAUCAUCAGCCUCCAUCUCUCCGCCUGGUGACAUCAUUAGCAUCCUCUCAUCCUCUAAUACCACCAUGGCACCAUAGAACCUUUGCGGCAGCCCGUGAUUGGACCUUGAUAUAAAUGGCAGAUGAAGCAUCGUUAGAGCCAACACUAGUGCCAGAUGAAGCAUCGUUGGCUAUUGGUCCAAUUGGUCAAGGGGAUGAAAACACAUUCGAUGAAGCAACAAGGAUUGAGGUUGAUGAAAAAGAAUUGCAGCCUGUUGUUAUACCUGAAGUUGGAAUAACGUUUGAGUCCGAGGAAGAUGCUUAUGAGAUGUAUAAUAUCUAUGCUGGUAAGGUUGAAUUCAGUGUUAGAAGGAGCGAUACAAAGCGUCGAGCAGAUAAGACCAUAUAUUCAAAACUCCUUGUUUGUAGCAAACGAGGAUUUGGUACUACAAGGACAGGUUGUAAUGCUAGCAUUCAGUUUGGUGUCAGCAGAGAAGGGGUUUGGACAGUCCAAAAGAUUGUACCCGAGCACAACCAUUAUCUAGCUAGUCCAAAUAAGGCGUGCAAGCUAAGAUCUCAACGACGUGUUAUAGAAGCAUACAGACUACUAAUUGCUCAAAUACGGGAAGCCGGGAUGAAACCAUCACAAGUGUAUGAAUUCAUGAAGCAAUUUUAUGGUGGUGCUGAAAAUAUUCCAUUCUCAAGGAUGGAUUGCAAUAAUGAGAUUGGUCGAGAGCGAAAGAAAUAUUUAGAAUCUAAUGAUGCGCAGACUCUGUUGGAAUACUUGAAGAACAAGCAAAUUGAGGAUCCUGCAUUUUUUUAUGCUAUUCAAAUAGAUAAGCCAACUGGCCGUAUAACUAAUUUCUUUUGGGCUGAUGGUCAGUCUAUCAUGGAUUACGAAUGUUUUGGUGAUGCUAUAUCAUUUGACACCACAUUUCAGACAAAUAAGUUUGAAAUGCCUUUUGCUCCAAUUCUUGGAACCAACCAUCACAAGCAAACAAUUAUUUUUUGAGCA